UGUAUUUUGUAAAUUGCGUCAAGUUUUAUGCGCUAUAAAAUAAUAUACAAAGAAAUUUUGUAAAUGCAUGAUCGCCUGCACAUGAUUAGUAGUGCUUGUUCAUUUCAUGCGUUUCGUUAAUUUUUUGCCAAUUUCGUAUUGCAUAAUUUUGAGACAAGUGGUCCAAUCAAAGAAAAUGGAUAUUUUGCGUCAUUUCCAGAACAUAUCUUGGUGCAAACCAGACUGGUGCUAUCCAAGUAUGAGCAAAGAAACAAAUGAAUUGCUACGACAAUGUAUUGACUUACCAGCAUUAAAGUUGACAGAUGAUGUUGAGGAAAUAAUAAAGAAGAGUAAAGCUUUUCCUAUUCCAUUUCCCAUCGAAACCGUCAGAUUAGAAAAAUUGAAAGUGCGGAAACCAAUUGAAAAGUUGAAGAGAAAUAUUGUAUCAACUUAUCCAAUAAUACAUGAGAGAGUUCUACUGUUAAUGACACAUUUUCUUAUUUAUAAAAGGGAAUUUGGGUCAAAUAUUGAAAAAGCAUUAUACAAAGAUAUGACAGUUCCAGAUUUAAUAGAAAGGAUAUUAAAGAAGCGUGCUGUAACAUUUAUGAACCAGAAUGAUAGUUAUCUGCUCAUAACUGGGGAACAGGAUGAAGAAGGUUGGGAGCAAGUAGGUUCUAUACAUCAAAAGCCGCCUCUCAUCCUCGAGAACUGUUUGAGCUAUGAUGAAAUGAAACUCUCUGCCAUGGUGUACAUAAGUGGUUACACUGAAUGCAUAAAUGAUGGCGAAAAACAAAAUUCUGGUGUCAUCAGGGAAGAUAUCGCUGAGGAGGAUGCUGUUAUUAUUGGCUUAAUAGGUCCACGUUUUGAGCGGCGAGGUAAAAUGGACUAUGAGGAUAUUGUCAUAACUGAGCAGCAGAACUGUUUAGAGCAUGGCUACGGAGAGGAAGUAACUCCUACGACUUGUCUGAAUGUAUUGAAGACAACAUAUGUGAGAAAUAAUCAGUCUGCCAAGCAUAUGUGGAGACAGAUAUGGUCGGAGUUCUAUCAGGUUCACAGCUACACAUACGAAGAAUUAUCUUCGUACAUAAACAUACAAGAUAAGGACGAAGAAAAACGAUACAUGGACCGAUAUAUCAAAAGGCCGGGCACUGAAGAUAUAUUUGAUAACGAAGUUUAUUACAAGAGGAUAAGUGUGUUAGCUGAAAGCACCCUGUUGGAAGCUGAACACAGGGCGAAGGAAGCUGGGAAGAAUGCCUUCGUUAAUGUCAUUGGAUGUGGUCUCGGCGUAUGGAAAAUAUCCCCACAUCAGCCAGAUGUCUACGUUUUGACAUUCUUGGAGAGGAUACGCGCUUUCCUCAGGAAGGAUCUGUUGAAUCACGUAACUGAUGUCAAUUUUGCAUUCAUUAAAACUAGUCCUGGAAUAACAGCGUUGUUUACAAAUUCAACGGAGCAGAGUGAGUCCCCGGUUGAAAAACGUAUUUUCUUCGAAAGUAAACGGCAUCCCAAAGGUGGUAUAAAUGUGCAAGUCGAGAACAGAUCACCUUCGGCUCGCCUGACCGGCGAGCACGCGGGCAAGCUGCUGGUGCUCACGUACCCGUGGGACAGCAACGCGCAUCCGGGGAACGAGUUCUGGUUGGGAAGCUUGGCCGGUUCCGGGGACCCGGCAGCUGCGUGCUCCACGCAGGUGUCGGAGCUGCACAACGCGCACGUCAACCCCGCCGUGAGCGCGCACCGCGUGCGCGUCGCGGGCCGGAGCGGGCUCCGGACGCUCUCCGACUACUGUCUCGCUCUCACCACCUAGGAGCGAGCGAGGCGGGUAUAUACAACAACUCUAAAUGGUGAACUAUUGGAAUUAUAUAAUGCACACAUAAGUAAGAUCAUUUUGGAUUUCACGCGUUACGAUAGUAUUGUCUCGCUCUUAGCGUAUAUGCAGGAACGAGAAAAAACAUAUAUUUAGUAGUAGACAUGGUAAUUACAAACAUGUACACGGAUCUCGCUUAGCAAUACAUAGUUCUCGUUUAUUAUAUGAGAUAGAAUUAAAAAUAAAUUAAUGCUAUCUCGCUCUAACUUUGUAAUUUCUCAACGUGCACGAAUAUAAACAUAGACUAAGAAUUUUUGUAGAUAAUUAUGAAAAUCAACAAUAAACAAAGACAAUGAUGGACUGUAUUCGAAUAAUUAGGUAAGAUUUAUUAGAUUAACUUAUAAAUCAAAAGUUCUUCGUAUAGAAGGUAUAAUAAUUAUAUUUAUAAAGAAA